AUGGUGAAAAGCCUUAUAAAUGUUCCCAAUGUUAUGAGAACGCAUAAUGUAGAAAAGCUGUAUUGGUGUCCCGAUUGUGAUAAAGGAUUUUCUCAAAAGUCUAGUCUUUCUAGCCACCUUAGAGUACAUACAGGACAGAAACCUUCUAAGUGUUCUCAUUGUGAUAAGGGUUUUUCUCACCAAAGUAAUCUUACCUGUCAUGUAAGAAUGCAUACUGGAGAAAAGCCUCAUCGGUGUCCCUAUUGUGAUAAAGGAUUUUCUCAAAAGACUAAGCUUACUAUCCACCUUAGAACACAUACAGGAGAGAAACCCUUUAAGUGUUCUCAUUGUGAUAAGGGUUUUUCUCAUCAAUGUAAUCUUAUCCGUCAUGUAAGGACGCAUACAGGAGAAAUGCGUUAUCAGUGUCCUUAUUGUGAGAAAGGAUUUUCUCAAAAGUCUAGUCUUUCUAGCCACCUUAGAGUACAUACAGGAGAGAAACCCUUUAGGUGUUCCCAGUGUGAUAAGGGAUUUUCUCAAAAGACUAAGCUUACUAUCCACCUUAGAACACAUACAGGAGAGAAACCCUUUAAGUGUUCCCAGUGUAAUAAGGGUUUUUCUCACCAAUGUAAUCUUAUCCGUCAUGUAAGGACGCAUACAGGAGAAACACAUCUAUUAACACACAGUGCAGAAAAGCCUUAUCGAUGCACCCAUUGUGAAGAGAAAUUUUGUCGUAGCUAUACCCUGACCAGUCAUUUAAGAACACACAGUGAAGAAAAGCCUCAUCAAUGUCUCUAUUGUGAUAAGACAUUUUCUCAAAAGACUAAGCUUACUAUCCACCUUAGAACACAUACAGGAGAGAAACCCUUUAAGUGUUCCCAGUGUAAUAAGGGCUUUUCUCACCAAUGUAAUCUUAUCCGUCAUGUAAGGACGCAUACAGGAGAAAUGCGUUAUCAGUGUCCUUAUUGUGAGAAAGGAUUUUCUCAGAAGUCUAGUGUUUCUAGCCACCUUAGAGUACAUACAGAAGAGAAACCCUCUAAGUGUUCCCAGUGUGAUAAGGGAUUUUCUCAAAAGACUAAGCUUACUAUCCACCUUAGAACACAUACAGGAGAGAAACCCUUUAAGUGUUCCCAGUGUAAUAAGGGCUUUUCUCACCAAUGUAAUCUUAUCCGUCAUGUAAGGACGCAUACAGGAGAAAUGCCUUAUCAGUGUUCACAUUGUGAUGAGGUAUUUUGUUACCAAAAUAAUCUUACUACCCAUUCUAGAACGCACAGUGUAGAAAAGCUGUAUCGGUGUCCCAAUUGUGAUAAAGGAUUUUCUCAAAAGUCUAGUCUUUCUAGCCACCUUAGAGUACAUACAGGAGAGAAACCUUUUAAGUGUUCCCAAUGUGAUUUGCCGACAGGCUUCCAUCUUGAAGCUAAGUUCGAUAGUGCUGAUCUGGUAAAGGAGAAAAUAGAUCUCAAUGAGAUAGUGGGAACUAUCUCAAGCGUUAAUCCCGCGAGGUAUGAUAAUCGACCAGGAAAUGUUUAUACCGUCCCGACGAAGAAUAGGUUCGAUGUCCUUGCGGAUAAUCAUGUCACUGACGCUGAGCCUGCUACUUCGAUGUCGACUAGUGACCAGAUGAAAGAGUACCGAGAUGGGCAUCGCCAGCGCCGCUUGUCUGAGCUACAUGAAUCUGUCCUCGAAGGCACAGACGUCGAGCCUCCUACUCCGAUGUCGACGAGCGACCAGAUGAAAGAGUACCGAGAUAGGCAUCGCCAGCGCCGCUUGUUGGAGGUACCUGCUGCUGUUUUCAAAGGCACUGACGCAAAGCCUUCGACUUCGAUGUCGACGAGCGACCCUGCAAUGAGUACCGACAAGGGCAUCGCCAACGCCGCUUGUCUAAGCUACCUGAUGUUGUCAUCGAAGGCGACUCGAUGA